GGAUCCGUUGUGCAGUCCCAGAAAUGAUCCUUUGAAGGAAAAGGCACCUGGAGAUCCACGAGAGUCCUUGGACCCAUUUGGAGCUGCUCUGCCGAAAAGAGGAAGGAUGGAGACACAACCUUUUGCAAAGGAAGGAAGCGGAAAAGUCUCUUCAGCUGUUCAGCCUGCAAAGGGUGGGGAGAUCUGGACCAGAACUGGGCAGAAGAUCCUGGAGGAAGAAACAAUCCUCCGUUCAGAAGUUCAGACCUGGAACGUCAUCCAAUACCAGGACGCUGAGGGUCCUCGAGGAUUUUGCAGCCGACUCCAUGACUUUAGUAGGCGAUGGCUGGGACCAGAAAAGCACACCAAAGCCCAGAUGCUGGACCUGGUGGUUCUGGAGCAGCUCCUGUUCCAUCUGCCCCCAGAGAUGGAGAACUGGGUGCGGGAAUGUGGAACAGAGACCAGCUCCCAGGCAGUGGCCCUGGCAGAAGGCUUCCUCCUGAGCCAGGCAGAGGAGCAGAAGGAGCAGGUAAAGUUGCAGGGCUGCACUGUGGAGAUCAGAGAUCCUGAGGGAAAGAAGAACCCAUCAAAUUCCCCUCAGGAGCUAUUUUUUAGGAGGAUCCCUUGGGAAGAUCCAAGUCAGGACACUGCAGGAGACAAACAAAGAAUGAAGUUUUCUGGUUUUUAUGACGGAGAUCAAGUAGCGGUUGAAUCUCCAAAUCAAGGGAGUCCGGUGUCCUUUGAUGAGGUAGCUGUGUAUUUCUCUGAGGAAGAAUGGUCUCAGCUGGAUCCUGACCAAAAAGCGCUACAUUCUGAAGUCAUGCUUGAAAACCAUAGGAACGUGGUCUCUUUGGGUAAGAGUUUUCUUGUCCAAAAUCAGAGAUUUCAAGAAAGCAGAUUAUGGUUACUAUUUAUUAAAAAAAUCACUAAUCAGAUACCAUCUCUUCCA